AUGAGAACCAGGAGGAGUUACUAUUACGAUAUCAGUAAAAGGUACCUCAUGUUAGUUGGCCAGUGGCCUUAUCAGAAGCCGAAAGAGAAACUUAUUUACUUUACAUUUAUAAUGAUACUUGCAACCACUUCACUCAUUCCACAGGGGGCAAGAUUUGGCGUGUGCAAAAGCGCGCAGUGUAUCUACGAAACUUUACCUCCAUAUAUGCUAGGAGUAAUAAUUUUAGUAAAAAUUUUAACAUACCAUUUUAACAGUCAAAAAAUUAAAGACCUCACAGAUCACUUAUUCGUAGACUGGGAUAUGCUCGAAACUAAAGAAGAACACGAUAUUAUGAGAAAGUAUGCCGAGAAAGGCAGAUGGUACUCGCUGAUAUAUGGCUGUAAGUUUGUAGAACUUAUUGAACAUAUCUUCACUAUACCUUUCGCAGCGCAAAUAAUUGUAGUAACGAUAGGAUUAAGUGUUACUUUGCUGCAAUUUACGCAGCAGGAAGGCGAUAUUUUAAUAUCAAUAAAAUACGUGUUGUACGUUAUCGCUCAACUGUUCCAUCUAUUCUGUCUCAGUUUCGAAGGACAGAAGCUAAUAGAUCACAGUAUUCAGAUGUGCGAUAAGAUAUACAGCAGCACCUGGUACGAAGUAUCCAUGAAAUCGCAAAAACUAAUCGUGAUGGUGAUGAUGAAAAGUGUACGACCAAGUUUCUUGAGCGCCGGCAAGAUCUACAUUUUAUCCCUAGAGAGCUUUACUAUGGUUCUACAAACUUCGAUGUCAUACUUCACGGUGCUUGCAUCCAUUUAA